AAUCAACAACAAGCAUUCGGUAUAAUUAGUCCAAUUGUUGAUCCAUGUUCCGUUAUUGUCACAGAUGCGAUAUGCGAAAGCUGGUGUGAAUCAAAUCAAUUCAAAAAAUUUGUCAUAUAACCAUUCAUUUCAUUACAGAAUAAAAAUACACACACUAAACAAGGCAAACAAACAUGCACAAGUGUUGGCUAACAUGAAACAUUAUCCCAAUGGCAAACAAACAAAAACUCCUCUCAUGACCAGAUUAGUUGUUGUUUGUUUAUAAUUAAUUCGUUAACAAACAUACAAGCCUGUUUGUUUGUUUGGAUUUGUCUAUAACGGCUGCCUGAUUGAUAUUAAAUUGUGCGAAUCGAUCGAAUUUUAAACGGUAAGCAAAAGCAGUCUAAUUUGAUAAUAAUAAUUUAAUUUAAUCAAUGUUUUAUAAUCAAAAUGUCGUUUUGUUUUCUUAUAUUUCUGUUUAAUGAAAAUGAAAUGACUGUAUGAGCAUAUAUCUUUCAUGCAAAUUUAUAUUAAAAAAAUUCCGGCCCUCUUAUAUGAAUUGAAAUUGGAUAAAAAAAUAUGCAUCGAGAGAAUAAUGAAAUAUGAUGCAAGUCAACCGACUGGAAAAACCAUCAGCCAUCUGUUUGUAAGUAUGAACGCUGCUGCACAUCCUAUGCUGUGAUUAAUUAUUUUGAUGUUUGCAACUGAUCGAUCGAUCAGAAUUUGUCGACUAACAUUGUCACGCAUAUUAUCGUUAUAUGUUUGCCGGUGUGUUUGAUUGUAUGUAAAUUAAAAAGUUAUUUAUCAACUUUUCCGUCAUGAUUGUCGUCAUGGAUACCGUCAUAGCAUGUACAUUAUUUCUAUUUAAUGUAUGAAUGAAUUUCUUAGCUGUGUGCUCAUAAUGGUGGUCACUAAUUUCAACUGUUCUAUAACUGGCAGCUGCUAGCAUUUUUUCACUUUUUUAUGGCGGUGUGUCGAAUAGCAACAAUUGCUACAAAAGGAUGCGGCGGCAUUGAACAUCACAUGAAAUGAGUUUCGUGGUGAAGAUGUUAAUGGCAAAUAUGGUGAAGCAGGCGAAACUCAAUGCUGACUAUCUGGCUCAAUCAUUGUCAUGAUCUCAUCCAUCGAAUCAUUGACGAUCGAUGAAAAGAUUCUCAUCAACAUCGACAAAACAAACAAUCAUUAUUUCGUGUAAAUUUAUGUUGCCUCUCUGUCAAAUUCUCUUGACGGAAUUGACUAUCUUCGUCAAUUUACUAUUCGAUCGGUUAAUUGGACUUGUUAUUCUAUCAACAAAAUGAGGACUCAUUUAAAAUCAUUAUACUCUAUAAUCAUCAUGAUAACAGUCAUCUGGAUCGUCAAAAGUGGAGCUGAUUACAGUUAUGAAAGCGAUUCCAUGAUAACAUUCCAUAAAGUUAGCGGUGGAAAGAAGCCAUCAUUGCGUCAAAGAUUCGAACUAAUGCCCAACAAUGAACGUUUGAAAAUAACCAAUAAUAUCACCCAUAUCUUGAUGCCUCAUAACCUUGAACAACAAUACCAACACCUAAAUCGCCGUACGCAUACGACGUUUCGUCCUUCGAGUGCUAUACUAUAUUUACAUCCACCAAAACCCCGACACAUUGAAUCAAUCGAAACUUACGUAACAAUGUUAAACCUGACAUCUUGGGAAAUAUUAGUCGGAUGGAGAGUGGUCGUUCAUUUACGAAUGGAACCAGUGUCUAGUCGUUUAAAACGUAAAAUAGAAGCUAAAGUUGAACAAGAACAGAAUCCGCUCAGUUUUAACCUGUAUAUUCGCCGUUACGGUAAAACACAUCGCGAAAGAUAUCGAUUUAUUGACCAAAAUAAUACGCUUGAUCCGCCAGUAACAAACAAUAAAACCUACCAGUAUAGAAUCGAUGGAUUAGAAUCAAUGGCCGCAUACGAACUUUGUCUACAAUCGGUCAAUGCGGGACAAAUUAGCGUAACUAAUGAAAUCACUCGUCAAUUUCCGGUCAACGCAUUGACAGAAUUAGCCGGACGUAAUAACCCGUUGUUCGUGUGCAAAGAGAUUGUCUUGCCGCCACCACUAUCACCGACGCACACUUCGGAGUCUGGAAUCGAGCGUAAUGAAAACAGAUUCACUGGACGAAGUGGGGAUUCGACAAACAAGCAAAACUAUAAUUUAUCUCAUUCCGGUGCAGCCAUUCAAGUGAGUGAAGAGGUAACCGAUAGGUUUGUGGUAUAUACGGCCAUCACGACAGGUACGACAACAGUGUUUGUUCUGAUUGUUAUGGUAAUAUUCUGCUGUUGUCGUUGUCGUCGUAGCAUGGAUAACGAGAAUGGCCAACAAACUCUUCUCUAUGAUCGUGUUGGCCACAACAUGAUCCUACCAUACUAUGACUAUCGCAGUUGAUUCAGAUGGCCAUGAACAUAAUAGAAUUCGAGAUGGAAAAGCUAAUUUAUUUUCUUAAUAACCUGUGUUGUUAGAUUAUUUCUGUUUUGUGAUUCUUGUAAAUAAACUGGCGAAUUGCCAAGUAACUAUAAAUAAAAGUUGACAUUUAUUUCUGUAACGUA